CAUAAAACCAUCAGUAGGUAGUACUUAGAACUUCAGCUCAUUUAAAAUUCAGUUUACCUAAUCAAUCAGCGCAAAAUAAUCAAUCAAACUACUCAAUCAUGUACGGUCGUGACAAUCGCAAUGGUGGAUCAAGUAGAUCGGGAGGCGGCAGUGGUUUUGGAGGACCCCGCAGCCGUUCUGGAUAUGGAGGUGAUCGUGGCCGUGACAACGGAUUCAAAGGCAAGAAAGACGAACCUGGAGCAAACUUGCAACGCAUUCACUGGGACACAUACAAUUUGCCAUCUUUUCAAAAGAAUUUUUUCAAUCCACCGGAAAUCGUACUGAGACGUCCGCAUGCCGACAUUCAAAAUUUCUUAAACAAGCACGAAAUAACAACAUCUGGACGUGACUGUCCUAAUCCUACGUUCCAUUUCGAGGAAAAUGGAUUUCCGUCAUUCAUCUUGGACGAAUUCCGAAAACAAGGAUUUGCACAACCCACGCCCAUUCAAUCAAUGGCUUGGCCGAUAGCUCUCAGCGGUCGAGAUAUGGUAGGCAUCGCUCAAACUGGCAGUGGAAAAACUUUGGCUUACGUUAUGCCAGGUUUGAUUCACUUGAAAAGUCAGCCUAAGCUACAGCGCUUCGAAGGUCCAAUUGCUUUAAUCUUGGCUCCAACACGAGAAUUGGCACAACAAAUUCAAGAAGUGGCAGAUACUUUUGGACGUCGCAUGGGAGUAAAUAAUGCGUGUGUCUUCGGCGGAGCUCCAAAGGGACCCCAAAUCAGAGAUUUGGAAAACAGAGCUGAAAUCGUUAUUGCAACACCUGGUCGAUUAAUCGACUUUUUAGAACGAAAUGUGACUAACUUGAAACGAUGCACCUAUUUGGUCCUCGAUGAAGCCGAUCGUAUGCUUGACAUGGGCUUUGAGCCUCAAAUCCGAAAAAUUAUGGGUCAAAUUCGUCCUGAUCGACAAGUAUUAAUGUUUUCUGCUACAUGGCCCAAAGAAGUUCGUAACUUAGCUGAAGAAUUUUUGCGUGAUUAUGUUCAGAUUAAUAUAGGAUCUCUCACGCUAUCAGCCAAUCACAACAUUCUUCAGAUCGUAGAUGUAUGCGAAGAGCACGAAAAGGAUCAAAAACUCAUGAAACUAUUGCAAGAAAUAACGCGUGAACAAGAUACCAAAACUAUAGUCUUCGUAGAGACAAAACGUGGCGUAGAUGAGGUGACACGGUCUAUAAAUCGAUUUGGAUUUGGCUGGCGUGCUUGUGCCAUUCAUGGAGACAAAUCUCAACAAGAACGCGAUUAUGUAUUGAACCAAUUUCGUCAUGCCAAGAAUUCUAUCUUGGUGGCAACUGAUGUUGCAGCUCGUGGGCUUGAUGUGGAAGAUGUCAAGUUUGUCAUUAAUUUUGACUAUCCAAGCAAUUCGGAAGAUUAUGUUCAUAGAAUUGGUCGUACUGGACGUUCUAAUCAAACUGGAACUGCCUACACCUUAUUUACUCCUCAAAAUGGACCUAAAGCAAAUGACUUGAUAAACGUCUUGCGCGAAGCAAAUCAAGUUGUUAAUCCUAGGUUACACGAAAUGUCCAUGAGUGGCUAUGGAAAAGGUCGUAAAUUCGGUCGUGGUGGAGGUCAAAACCACCGCAAUGGAGGUGGCAAUCGUAUGAAUACCAUGCAAAGAGAACAGGAUAGGUCACGGUUUAAUCGUGCUCAAAAUACCGGAAUGAAUGGUAGAUCUCGACAAAAUGGCUACGGAGAUAAUGGGACACAAAACGGUGGCUCGCGUUAUGGAAAUGGACGUUCACAAAACGGUGGCAGUAACGGUGGGGCUCGAGAUCGUUCACGCAGUCGUCAAGGAACAAAAGAUUUCGGUAGAAGUGAUUAUGGCAGAUCUAAUGGUAGCUCCUCAGCAGUUGGAAAUGGACGUCCAAGUCGUUUUGAUGCACCACCUCCCGCUGUCAGCGGAUCAACUUUAAGAGAAAAUGGAAGAUACUCGAGAUUCUCAGAUAAUAAAGCAACCGUACCAGCUGCAUCUUCAGACACCAGUGGAUGGAGCUCGUCAGCUCCCCUCAAACGAUAUUAUGACCCAUAGAAAGGUCGAUACUUCUUAGCAAAUUACCGACGAAGCAAAAAAGCUCGCCAACAAAAUCAAUGACUUAGUAAUUCCAAUUAUUUAAAUAUACUUAAAAAGAAUGCAUAAUUUUUAUUUUGUACUGCAACAAAAUCAAUAAUAUUAAGAUUAAAUUUACAAAAGUUCAGAAAAAUUUAACCAUAUUCAAAAGUCUUUUGUCACCCCAUGAUUUGAUAAAAUAUUCACUGCAUUAGAUUUCUGAGAGACAAUGAAAUAUAAAAGAUAAUUAAUUGUACGAAUAGUAGAUAAAUGUCUAUCAACAUAAAAAUUAAUA